CGUGAAACCAUGUUUCCUUUUUUUUGCAAAUAUAUUAAAAAUAAAAGUCUCAUUUACAAAAAUUGUUUAUUUCACAUGAUAAAUUACGUAAUAUGUUAUGUUAUGAUAGGACACAUGCUUGCUGCUGCUGUCACUGCACAGUUUCAUAAUUAACUCAACUACCACCACUCAUGAACACCCAUCAUUAUUAUUACUGCUGUAAAAAGAUUUACAGUAUAUUAUGAUCUCUGGAGAGAGGGCUGGACUCUUUAACCAGAGAUCUAAUUAUAAAGACCACUGGAUGAAGGCCAGCUUCAUGACCUGAUCUCUCAAAGACCCAUGUGUAUUUUGGCAGGUGUUGGUGGGAUAACAACCUGACGUGUCUCUGAUAAGAAAUAUCUCUCUGCAUGUGCCACGUUGUCCAACAGAAAGUGCAGUUGCAGAAUCAAACCCUCAAUUGUUUCCUUUUUUGAAGAGACACAGCAGGGGAACGUCUGAUCUGAGCCAUGUCUGGACUGAACGCGUCUCUUGGAUAUUUCGUGGCUGUCGUGAUCUUUGCAGCUUCAGUUCGAACGCUUCUUAAAAAAUGGCCAAGGUUGAGCUUCAUUUUGGAGUUUGCCUCCUCUUUCAUGCUGGUGGCAUGUUGGCUGGAGGUGCAGACCAUUGUGGAGGUGGGUGAGUGGGCUGGGGGCCUGGGUCCAGAUGUGACUGUGACCAUGCUGUUUGUGUUGUUGCUGACCCAUGGAGUGAUCUGUGGCAGCAUGUCAGGAAAUCCCAGUGUGGCUGUACGGGAGUUCCUGCAGCUGGAAGUCGCCACUGUUCCCACUCUGCUCGCUGUUGCCUCCCAGUUCCUCGGGGCCUACUUAGCUCUUCAUGUUGCUGUUUAUUACUGGAGCCUUGAGCUGACAGACAUGCACAUGAUCAAAAAUCUAAUGGCGAGAGAAUGCAGCACAUCUCUGUUGGUGUCCUUGCUUCAGGGUUUUUUCACAGAGUGUGUUUGUGCUCUCAUCUUUCACCUGAUCCAACUAUACCUGAGACGUAGAUCUGCUCUGAUUCGGGUUCCUGUGAUCGCCCUUCUCCUUACAUUCCUGUCCUACACAGCCAGAGGCUUCACUUCAGCUUACAUAAAUCCAUCUUUGGCUUAUGGCCUCACCUUCUACUGUCCUGGAUUUACCUUUGCAGAGUAUGCAUUGGUCUACUGGCUGGGCUCCCUCACAGGAAUGACCCUGGCUCUGCUCUUGUUCAUGGGUCACAUUCCAAGACUUUUUGCCAAGAACCUCUUCUAUUUCCAGAAGACACGCUUCAAAGGGCCCAGAGGAGACAAAGGAGAAAAGAAGAAAAUGUGAAAGAAACUAUGAUUUGCCAGAUAACAAAUGAUCAAGAGAUGUUUACUCAACUCCACAAGCAUGUGCUUACAAUGUCAAAUAUGGAACAAUUGGAAGAAAUAAUAAUACCAACAUGUAUUUAUUACUUCCAUUCCUGUCUGCUGUUUUUAAUUAAAUCAAGAUUAACCUAACCCCACAUGCUACAGACAAUUAUUAAAAAUGAUCUCACAGAGGCCACAAAUUUACGAUCCAAAUUAAAUACAGAAGAGUUGGCAUUUAGAUUGAACUGCCUCCCACAAUUCUGCUGGUCACAACUCAGCGGCACAUAUUUUAUGCAAAAACAACAACAAAAAAUCAAUAUCAAAAAAGUUAAAAAGAGGCCUGCUGUUAUGUGCUAGUGGUGCUCUGAUCAGGAAUGGAUUUGGAAGACUGAGACCCAUCUGGUUUUGUGCCUUUUGUCUUAGUUUUAGCAGAAUCAUCUGGACCUGUGGACAAGAAACAAGUGUUGAGGACUUGAAAUUGUUUUAUAAAUGGGAGUAGAAAAAUGUGCUUCUAAAUUUCUUUUAAACCUUAAACUUAGAUUAUAGCGAGAACAAUUAUUUUGCACCACUUUAUCCUUCUACACACCAUCUUCUAAGAAGCAGCUGUGUAAUACAACACAAGGUGUGUCACCUGGUUCCUGUUGCUGCUCCAUCUGAGCUUCCGGGCGAUCACUCCACAAAGAAUAAUCUGGAUUAUUCAGCAGCGUCUUGCUCUGUCCACAGCUGAGACACUUCACCAUGGUGAAGCAAGUCUUUCUCUUUUUUUCUUGGAGGAAAAGGUCAACAAAACAUUAAAACGUUUAACUCAAUACAUUCAGUACAUAAUGCAAGGUAACAUGGAAAACAUUAACGGAAGUAGUUACGUACACUCACUUUUUUGUCUUGCUGUAGCAGUCACACCAGGUAUAAGCAAAGAAUAGCACUUCUUGCAUAAGGUUCUCUUCACUGAUGGAUCUCUGCAAUAAAAUAAUAAACAUGAAUUGAUUAAGCUUGUAGAAAGGAUGUUGAAUAGGCUUAUCUGCAUGAUUACAUGGUUAUGAAAUAAUUAACUAACAACUAAUUAUGCCACUGUAAAAUAUCUUUUUUUCACUUAGGCCCUGCUCUGACCUGGUAUUAACAUUGUUUGCAUGUGGAUCGCCUUAAGCAGGACAUAAUACACAUGUUAUCAAAUUGUUCCCGGAUGCAUCUCCUGUGACUACAAAGGUUACAUGUUAUCCGGCAUCCCUGCCCUUCAUUCAAAUACACACUGAAUGUUUGCAUGAACAUAA